AUGGUGAGGGGAAAACGGGUGUGCUCAUUCCGCCGUGACGCCUGCCUCUUCCGCCCCUCCCCUCUCCAUCUCUCCCGCCCACCCGCCCUCCCGCCCCCUUACCUUGCUCCCUUUCCAUAUCAACCCCGUUCCUCCUGCCUCUCCCACGCCCUCCCUCCUCUCGCCCUGUCUGCUCUCCUUGCGCGGCAGGGCAAGCACGGGUUGGGCGGGCGGAUGGCCACUCGGGAGAACUUUGACGCGCCUCAAAAGCCCCCUCACCCAUCCCUCUCCUCGCCCCUCUCUCUCCCACCUUCUCCCUCUCCUCGCCCUGUCUGCUCUCCUUGCGGCAGGGCAAGCACGGGUUGGGCGGGCGGGCGGAUGGCCACUCGGGAGGUGGAAGUUGCUGGGAAGCUGCGCCUGUUUGACCACGCAGUGCAGUUCUUCACCGUCACAGAUUCUCGCUUCCAAUCACACGUCGACAGGUGGGCAGUCUCCAACCGUUCUUCCAUCCAGUCAUCUGUUGACAGGUGGCUCAAGGAAGGCGCCCUGCGGGUGUGGGAGGAAGGGCGCAUCGCUACGCUACAGGCAGGAGGGGCGUUCUCAGAGCUGCCAAGUGGUAGCAGCGGUGGCGGUGGAGAGGCACGGAGGCUCGUACGGGAGGGCGUGGUGGGGGUGGAGCGGCCGAUGAGGGAGGGCGUGGUGGGGGUGGAGCGGCCGGUGAGGGAGGGCGUGGUGGGGGUGGAGCGGCCGAUGUGGAUAGGGAAGAUGAGGGCGAGGGGAGGCAAGUGGGUGGUGGAGGAGACAGGGCGCAAGGCAGGGGAGUUUGACUUCGUUGUCAUCGCACACAACGGUGGCUCCAUCUGGGCGUCGAUCAUCGCCUUCGAGUCGCCUCUGCUGGCCAAUGGCAGCGCGCCACGUGGGCGCUUCGAUGCCGCCUUCGUGGAGGGCGUGCCAGCUGUCGCGUGGAUGUGCAACAACACCGCCAAGCUGGCGGAGGGGGGCGGCUCGGGGAGAGGGGACGGCGGGGAGGGAUCGGGUGCGGUGCGGAGGGGUGAAGAGGGCGUGGAGUGUUGGACGGUGCUCAGCAGUGCGGCGUAUGGCAAGCGCAACAAAGUGCCCCAGGAAAACAUCCCUCUGGCCAGGGCAGCGCGGGUGAAGGAGGAGAUGCUGGAGGGCGUGGCGGCGGCACUCGGGCGACCCAAGGACUCGCUGCCUGCUGUUCUCUUCCACAAGAUCCAGCUCUGGGGGGCGGCGCUGCCACUGAACGCGCCGACAACAGCAGCAGGCGGCGGCGUGGAUUGCAUAAUGGACGCCUCCACUCGCGUGGGGCUGUGUGGCGACUGGCUGCUCGCGCCCUCCGUGCAGGCUGCUGCUGUCAGCGGGCUCGCCAUGGCUGAUAAGGCUGCUGCUGUCAGCGGGCUGGCCAUGGCUGACAAGGUGCGGGCAGGGGGGGAAGGGGGGACGGGAGGGGGGCUGGUCGUGCUGUGGCCUGGGAUGGUGGGGGAUACCCCAUUCUUGCAUGCGUGUGGGGAUGGGGAUGGUGGGGGUAGUCCCAUGAUAGCAGCGUUCCACGAGGAUGCAGCGGCCAGCGACCCAUCGCUCUUCUCAGUGGGGCUGGACGCCUCCUUUGCAGCGGUGCCCGAUGCGCAUGACAUUGGUGCUUUCCCUGAUACCGUGCCUGCUGAGACGAAUGGCAGCACACGUGGUGUUGCUGCAGCACAUGGGGUUCAAGUGGUUGCGUGA